AUGUCCGAGAGCGCGUCUCAACACAUAAGCACAACUCGACACGUAAAAUAGUCUGCCAUAAUGGGUCUGUCGUGUAGUACAUUCUACUGCUCCUAUCGUUGGAUAACAAUGUGAUAAUUUUUUUUGUUUUUUUAGCUCUGCUGGGAUAUAACGUUGUUAUACAGCUAAAAUUACAACCUUAUGACAAGAUGAAAAGCACUUGCCAGUGAGUUUGUGACCAAGGAGGGGGCGGGGGAUUAGCAGAAGUUCUCAAUGUCUGAGAGCGCGCGCCAACAUCAACCACCCCGUGCACAGCGAACAGAAAAAUGUCUCUCUGAAUUUUAACAAUCGAUUCCUGCUGUGUAUUUACCAAACAGUCGUAAUUCUUAUCUAAAGGGAAUUUCAGAGCGCCAAGGUGUAGAUGAAUCCCUCCGGGCAAGUCGCCGUGGUCCUUCUCUUGGUGCUACUGACAGCGCAAGAUGGUUUGUCAUCUAAGGGGGAGGACAGGUUGUUCAGGAAGUUAUUCAGGAGAUACAACCAGUUCAUCAGACCAGUGGAGAACGUUUCUGAUCCUGUCACAGUAGAAUUUGAGGUGUCCAUAUCCCAACUAGUCAAAGUGGAUGAAGUCAAUCAGAUUAUGGAGACCAACCUGUGGCUGAGACAUGUCUGGAAUGACUACAAGCUGAAAUGGGUUCCCAUCGAGUAUGACGGACUGGAGUUCAUCCGUGUGCCCUCCAAUAAGAUAUGGCGGCCGGACAUCGUCCUAUACAACAAUGCUGUGGGAGAUUUUCUGGUCGAGGACAAAACCAAAGCUCUGCUGAAGUUUGACGGCACCAUAACCUGGACCCCCCCGGCCAUAUUUAAAUCUUCCUGCCCAAUGGACAUCACCUAUUUUCCCUUCGACUACCAGAACUGCUCCAUGAAGUUUGGCUCCUGGACCUACGACAAGGCCAAGAUUGACCUGGUGCUCAUAGGGUCAAAGGUGAACCUCAAGGACUUCUGGGAGAGUGGCGAGUGGGAGAUCAUCGACGCUCCGGGCUACAAGCACGACAUCAAGUACAACUGCUGUGAGGAGAUCUACCCGGACAUCACCUACUCCUUCUACAUCAGGAGGCUCCCGCUGUUCUACACCAUCAACCUCAUCAUCCCCUGUCUGCUCAUCUCCUUCCUCACCGUCCUGGUCUUCUACCUGCCCUCCGACUGCGGGGAGAAGGUGACCCUCUGCAUCUCCGUCCUCCUCUCCCUCACCGUCUUCCUCCUGGUCAUCACCGAGACCAUCCCGUCCACGUCCCUGGUCAUCCCGCUCAUUGGGGAGUACCUCCUUUUCACCAUGAUAUUCGUCACACUCUCCAUCGUCAUCACCGUGUUUGUGCUCAACGUCCACUACCGCACGCCCAUGACCCACACCAUGCCGGCCUGGGUCCGGUCCGUGUUCCUGGGUCUACUGCCCAGGGUGAUGCUUAUGCGGAGGCCCGCGGACCAGGACUGCCUCUCCUCCGUCGGGACCGGACGAGGGGACGGGGCGGUGGAGGGGAGUGUCAGAGGUGGGGGCGUAGGGGGAGGGGGAGGAGCGGGGAGGAAGAGGAAGAGCAGCGCGGGGGGCGUUCGAGGCGGCGGGUGUGUGCCGCCGGACGCCGGUGCCGUCGCCUCCGAAAGGGCGCAGGUUGGGGCGAUGAACUGUGUGGAGUACGGGGAGGUGCCGAUCAAGCCGAAGUUCCCAUGUAAGGGGAAGGAGGUGCCGAUCCCCACUGUGCCCCCUGUGCCCCCCCCUGGUGCCCCCUCGGAGCCGGAACCGCCCAAAGUGACCCGAGCUCUCAACGCCCCGCCCAAUGUCAGCGCGGUCUUGGCCUUCUCCGUGGUCUCGCCGGAGAUCAAGCAGGCUAUCGAGAGUGUCAAGUACAUUGCUGAGAACAUGAGGACGCGCAACAAGGCCAAGGAGGUGGAAGAUGACUGGAAGUACGUUGCCAUGGUGAUUGACAGGAUCUUCCUCUGGGUGUUUGUGACAGUUUGUAUCACUGGAACUCUGGGACUGUUCCUGCAGCCUCUCAUCAGCUUCUUCACAUGAAACUUUCUCUCUCUCUCCCUCUCUCGCUCCCCCUCUCCCUCUCCCUCUCUCUCUCUUCUCUCAGCCAUGCUGCUCUACUCCAUUCUCUCUUUUGUCUUUCUAAAUUUUUCUUCCUUAUACUUUCCGUUUUCUUAUACGCUCUUUUUCCGUCCUCUCUUUCUAACUCACGCUCCCUCACUUUGAUUUUAACAAGUCUACAAAACACAACAAGAACAAGAUGACUAAAUCAACGGUUGAUUUAGUGUAUGGUGCUACAGUACUGUGGUGAUCUCCAUUGGCCAGUGGAGAAGUUGGUUCUUGUUCACGCUCUAGACACCAUGGCUCUAGGAUAUGCAGCUCUAGAAUAUGCAGCUCUAGAAUAUGCAGCUCUAGAAUAUGCAGCUCUAUGAUGUACGCUUAGACAGUAGCAGAGUUAAGGAGUUACUUGAAUGAUGCCUUGUUCUUAAUGCCAGACGUUUCGUGAUGCUGUAGUCC